UAACUUUUCCAUCACACAUCAUAUCACAUUACGAGCAAUAUCUCGCGACAAUCUCGACAAGGCUGUUAGUUAUGAUUUGAAUCUCAGCCGGUAGACUACCGCCAUACAAGUAACAGUGAGUCGCGCUGCGGGCUAAAGAAGAGGGUGAACAAACGAUCAGUCAAGCAUGAUAAUUAUCAAUGAUAACAUGUGAUCGUCGCUUUUAUCGCGUGUCGUUUUCGUGGAAAAUAUAGGUAUAUUCACACAUAUUGCCUGGUUGGAUACAUUCAACAGCAAAUUAAGCGGAAAAUACACAAGUAUCACAAACAACCAACGGUGAUUGGAAUCGAUACAUUAAUAACAUUGAUCAACAAUGGUGGAUGAACCCAAAUUUAAACGCCCAGAAGUCGUCAAUGAUGAUUCAUUGGUUCUAUAUUGCAACCAAUACAGUUACUAUUGUCAGAAGGUUUUGUGGGCAUUACACGAAAAAGAUAUAAAAUUCACAAAAUAUGAAAUUGACGUCGCAAACGAUGAGCACUUUUCUGAAUGGUUCCUAGAGCUGAAUCCCCGGGGAGAGUUGCCAGUACUGCAAAAAGGCCUUCUUAUCGUGCCAGGUUCUACCCGGAUUUUGGACUAUUUGGAAGAAAACUAUCCGAACAACAAACCUUUAAAGUUACGUUGGUGCGAGAAUGUGAAAUUACAAAAUCUCAAAAAUUCGCUGGAUAAGUUACCAAUAGGUGUUAUAACAAUGGGUUCGUUCCUCCAUCCAAGGACAGUAGUAGCUCCCAAAUCGCCCUUUGUUCAACCAGUUCGAUACACCAUUCUCGAGCGGGACGAAUCAGUCAGCAAUCGCUUGAGAGGCUACGCAAAGGCAUUUCCAGCCUUCAGUGAGGUACUGCAGAAGAAGGCAGAGUUUCACGAUCGAAAGCGCCAAAUGCUGGCCAGCGAGCAGUACUUUUUACAAUUGUUGGACGUUUUGGAUCAAGUUCUGGCAGAUGCCGAGGCGGAACUGACAAAAUCGGGCGACGAUAAGAUUUGGAUCGCGGGAGCAGACAUCAGUCUGCUAGAUAUUUCAUUGGUAUGUCUACUGUAUCGUUUGUACGUUCUUGGCUUGGAGGAUCGUUUCUGGACAGUCGGGAAGAAACCACAGCUGGAGAAGUACUUCAAUCGAAUUAUGGCCUCGGAAAAUUUCCAGCAUACCCUGCCUACGAAGACAUCCCUGCUCAAAACGAUUUGGUUGAACACGCCAUCGACGUACAAAGCCGGUAUUGCAGCAUUUUCCUUUUCCUCGAUGAUCAUAGGAUCGACCCUGCUCAAGAGAUAGAAAUGGAUUUCUUUCGUUCCAAUGAAUUGCCAUGGUUUCCUAGAAACUUUGGUAGAUUUAUUAUAAACCAUCUAAGCUUUAACCGCUCGAAAAUAGCCGAUCACCAAAUGUCGUAGUUUGUUAUACAUAGAAUUAUAUUAAAUCGAUGGUUUUACAUUCCACAAUCGUGCCUUUUUUAUUUGCUUUGUCAUGUAUGAUUAAGUCAACGCAUUGGGUAUUCGUGAUGGAUCUUAGUAUUUUUUUUUUACAUGAAAUUGGUUCGAGAAUUUCGAUGAUAGUUUUCCACAGUUUGCCAUAAGGUAAAUAUGUUUGAUGUGUUAUUGAAUAGAUCAUUAAAACUUCUAAUGCAGAGCUGUUAGCGAAAAAGAAGACAAAAUAUAAAUAAGUUCAUAUAGGAAAGUUUGUUAUGAGAAUUUUUAUUGGCAUUUUCCAGGAAUCCGAGCAGAUAUACGGUUGACGUCAGGUAUUACUCUUAUUAUUUGACAAUUUUUUCCGGGAAUUUCAUCAGAAAUGAAUUUAGAUACUUGUCCUAUAAUUAAUAACCUUAUGAAUUUCAUCAAGAUUUACGUUCAGGAUGCCAGAAGACAUUCGAGCACUUUUUUUUCUAAUGAUUCUUCCAUAAAUUACUCUAAACCUAAUGUCAGAAAUUUCUAAAAAAUGUUCUUAGUCUUUCUUCGAUGGAUUUUCCUAGAAUUUCAGCUAAGAUUUUCCUUUAGUAGGUACCUACAUGGUCAAAAAUUCAACCA